AUGGCGCCGACCAAGGGCGAGGGGCCGGCCAUCGGCAUCGACCUCGGCACCACCUACUCGUGCGUCGGCGUGUGGCAGCACGACCGCGUCGAGAUCAUCGCCAACGACCAGGGCAACCGCACCACGCCCUCGUACGUCGCCUUCACCGACUCGGAGCGUCUCAUCGGCGAUGCCGCCAAGAACCAGGUCGCCAUGAACCCCAUCAACACCGUCUUCGAUGCGCGCGUCGUUGACCCGUCGCUUGGAGCAGCGAAAUAUGUCGAGGUUUUAGCCGUUGACCCGUCGCUUGGUGCGAGCUCUUCUGCUUCGGCAGAUCUGCCGAAUGCGAAGCGUCUUAUCGGCAGAAGGUUUGCUGAUGCCCCUGUCCAGAGUGACAUUAAGAUGUGGCCGUACAAGGUUAUUCCUGGCCCUGCAGACAAGCCUAUGAUUGUAGUGCAGUACAAGGGUGAGGACAAGCAGUUUUCAGCUGAAGAAAUUUCUUCCAUGGUCCUCAUCAAGAUGCGUGAGAUCGCUGAGGCUUACCUAGGAGUAACUAUUAAGAAUGCCGUUGUCACUGUGCCUGCUUACUUCAAUGAUUCCCAGAGGCAGGCAACCAAGGAUGCUGGUGUUAUUGCUGGUCUUAAUGUGAUGCGUAUCAUCAACGAGCCAACAGCAGCUGCAAUUGCCUAUGGUCUUGACAAGAAGGCUACCAGUGUCGGUGAGAAGAACGUGCUUAUCUUUGACCUCGGUGGUGGCACUUUUGAUGUCUCUCUCCUUACCAUUGAGGAGGGUAUUUUUGAGGUCAAGGCCACAGCUGGUGACACUCACCUUGGUGGGGAGGACUUUGACAACCGUAUGGUGAACCACUUUGUCCAAGAGUUCAAGAGGAAGCACAAGAAGGAUAUCAGUGGAAACCCCAGGUCUUUGAGGAGGCUCAGGACUUCAUGUGAGAGGGCGAAGAGGACCCUUUCUUCCACUGCCCAAACCACCAUCGAGAUUGAUUCACUCUUCGAGGGAGUUGAUUUCUAUUCCACCAUCACCAGGGCCAGGUUUGAGGAGCUCAACAUGGACCUCUUCAGGAAGUGCAUGGAGCCAGUGGAGAAGUGCCUGAGGGAUGCCAAGAUGGACAAGAGCACCAUCCAUGAUGUCGUGCUUGUUGGUGGUUCCACCAGAAUCCCCAGAGUUCAGCAGCUGUUGCAGGACUUCUUCAACGGGAAGGAGCUCUGCAAGAGCAUCAACCCUGAUGAAGCCGUUGCCUACGGUGCUGCCGUCCAGGCUGCAAUCCUCAGUGGUGAGGGGAACGAGAAGGUGCAGGACCUUCUCCUCCUUGAUGUCACCCCACUGUCUCUUGGUCUUGAGACUGCUGGAGGAGUCAUGACUGUGCUCAUCACCCGGAACACCACCAUCCCCACCAAGAAGGAGCAGGUCUUCUCCACCUACUCCGACAACCAGCCUGGUGUGCUCAUCCAGGUUUUUGAGGGUGAGAGGACAAGGACCAGGGACAACAACCUGCUUGGCAAGUUUGAGCUCUCCGGCAUCCCGCCUGCACCCAGGGGUGUUCCCCAGAUCACUGUCUGCUUCGACAUUGAUGCCAACGGUAUCCUGAAUGUCUCUGCCGAGGACAAGACCACUGGCCAGAAGAACAAGAUCACUAUCACCAACGACAAGGGCAGGCUGAGCAAGGACGACAUUGAGAAGAUGGUCCAGGAUGCAGAGAAGUACAAGUCUGAGGAUGAGGAGCACAAGAAGAAGGUUGAUGCCAAGAACUCCCUGGAGAACUACGCCUACAACAUGAGGAACACCAUCCAGGACGAGAAGAUUGCCUCCAAGCUGCCUGCUGACGACAAGAAGAAGAUUGAGGAUGCUGUCGACGCCGCGAUCCAGUGGCUUGACGCCAACCAGCUUGGUGAGGUUGACGAGUUUGAGGACAAGAUGAAGGAGCUGGAGGGCCUCUGCAACCCCAUCAUCGCCAAGAUGUACCAGGGUGCCGGUGCUGACAUGCCCGGAGGCAUGGACGAGGACGCGCCGGCUGCCAGCGGCGGUGCUGGCCCCAAGAUCGAGGAGCAAGGCCGGAAUUGCGCCAGAUCUGGCAGUGGAGAAACGCCGCGGGAGUCAGGCGACGGCCUGGACGCCGCUGCUCUGGUGGUGGGGGAUUUGGGGGCUCCUUACCUUGAGGGGAAAUUAGAGGGCGGUGGGCUGGGGAAGAAGAGGAUUUGGGGACAGGAAAAGGCAAGGGAAGAAGAUCACCAGCGGCUCAGUUUAUUAGGAAUGGUGUGGAUUGGGUUCGUGGCUGCCAUUUAG